GACAGAUGAUCAAUUUGGUUUUUGAUAAGCAAAUUGAACGAAGUUUUUCUUCUAUAAUAAUUCUCUAUACAAAAUAUUUACUAUUGCGCAUUUGCUUAUUGCGCUUUAUUUCCGUGUUUAAAAAAUUAUAGAAUAGAAGAAGACUUCGAAGUUCUUCUGGAAUGGGAAACUCAACAUCAGAGUGCAGCAAUGAAGGAGGAGGAGAAGCACCUGAUGGUCCCAGUAACAAUAACAAAGGCAGUGGUCAUUCUUCGGCCUCUAGUAUACUCAAGGUCGAAAGCACAAUGAGCCGUUCGGCAUCAGGAGCAGAUGUGACGGAAAAAUAUUUAACACAGUUGGUACCGAUUGAAAAAUUAUCCGAAAUCCUGAAGGAGAAAUCUUUAAAAGAAGGAGUGAAUGGAAUAGCAGCAAAUAUUUUUGUGUCGCAAGUAUUUCCCCAAUACGUUGAUCUCGGGCAGCGUCUAUUUCAGCUGAUGCACACGCUUUCCAGGGCAACAACGAGUUACUUGGGGACGGUAGCUUUUCGACAACAAUGUGAACGAUUUUUAGGUAUAAUGGAUGAUGGAAAAAUAUUGGAAUGCUACAUAAGGAUGUACGCACAAAAAGAUAAUCCUGAUUUCGUGGAUAGGGAAGGAGUAACACGUUUGCUCCACAUAUGCUACACAAUUGCCAUGCAACAUUCUGGAAACCCAAUAUUGUGCCCAUCGAUUAACCGCACCUUUAGUUCUGUUACUAAAUCGAUAUUCUUCAGUCACGAUACGUUGAGCGUAGGAUUUGUAUGCCGUUGGUUUGAACAAAACUUAAUACGUUUGGUGCUUUUGGUUCACAAGUAUUGCGUUCAUACCCUUUCAACAGCUUAUCGGGGACUUGAGCAAGAGGCUCAGUCAUGUGGAAUCGAACUGCAAACGCCGGUUUUGGAACAGCGCAAUCCCUUCCCAGAAAAAAACGAAAAUGCAGCGUCCGGUGAUACUGUUGACGCUUCCUCAACUUUAAUGCCCUUGUCGCAAGCUUGGUUGCUAGCCGGAGCUUUACCACCUUUAUAUUCUAAACCUCAGAAAGUUACAUCACCCAGUGCUAAUAAGGCCUCUGCAGCCCAAAUAUUUAUAGAGAAAUUGUCUAUGAUGCCCUCGCAUUGGACGUUAUUAUACGACUCAAACGAGCAUGGUUUGGGCGCCAAUCGGUUUUUACAUCACGUUCUGGGUUACCGAGGACCAACUUUAAUAUUAAUACAUACAAAAGAUGAUCAGACUUACUUAAUUGCUGCACCCUCAGAAUGGAGAGAAACGCAUCUGUAUACUGGUGGCGAGGGUAGUUGUGUACUGCAGUUGUGGCCAAAAUUUGUGAUCCUGGAAAAGAAGCCGAAUAUUCUUUACCUUAAUACAUCUAUACGAGGUUAUCCAAAAGGUUUGAGAGCGGCAUCCGAUCCUAGAAAACCGAUUAUAGCGGUGGAUGAGCAUUUUGAAAAUGUCGACUGCAAAGGAAUUGCAGCGGUAUUGCUAUCUAUAGAAGUAUGGGGUUGUGGAGAUAAGUCAUCACGUGAAGUACAACUAGAUAUCAAAAAAUGGCAAAUAAAAGAAGCCGAACGACAACGAACAGUGAAAUUAACAGCAGCCGAUUGGAUGGAUCACCCAGACCGUUUUCUCCUUGAGUUGGGUGGGCGCCAGAAUUACAAUAACUAAACGUAUUUGAAAGUAACGCCAAAAGACACAAAUACACACCAACACACACACGGAAAGCUUGUGCCUUUUGUUACAACUUUUUACACAGACGAGGAAAGCAAACUUCAGUUCUAUACCAAGAUUAGCAAUCACGCGAACUUAGAACUUUCAAUUAUGCAUCCUUUCAUGUGUACAGUUUGGUUGUUUUUUCUGUUGUGUUUGUUUUUCUUUUUCUCAGUUAGCCCGUGUUGUCAGUCUUAGUUUUUUUUUGUUGUUUUUAAACAAAUUGUCAUGUUUUAUGUACUUAACGAAAAGAAAAACAUAUUAAUGUAUAGCUUGUUAAAACCAUUACACAGCAAAUUUAAAGAAAAAUAAAGUAUUAUUUUACAAAAGGAAAA